GUUAUUUAUUAUACAUAUAUAUAUAUAUUUAUGCAUUGACAUUGUCGGCACCAAAUACACGAUUGGACAAAGGAUAAAACUGUCCACAUAGACAAGUGUACUGUAUACAUUGUCUCUUUCUGAAUCUGUGCAAUCCCCUGUUUACUAUCUGCUGCUGUCAGAAAAAUGCAUUUGAUAAAUAGGGGCGUGUUUCCUUCGAAGAAUGGGUUUUGUGUGUUUUGGCGUGUAAUGUCUUGCGUGUCAAGGGCACAUUGGCCAUUACAGCGACACACACACACAGGUUAGACCUUUGGCUUGACAUUAUGUAAAUCUGAACCACUUUCAUGUCUUUUAUAGCGGCGGCGUCAAGUGCACAAACACAUCAGUACAAACUGAGUCAUGACGUGAGGAAUACGGACGUCAGGUCCAACAGGGCGUGGGUAAUUAAAUCUGCUGUAACAAUAUGAGUUGUAGAAUUACAUAAAGAAGCGCUUCCAGAAUGUUUUGAGUUGUUUUUAUACCCAUUGCUUUCUACUCUGUCAUCUAUAUUUUGGCCUUUUAGUAGGUUCUUUAGAUCCCCUUCAGGAGCUUGAGUGGUUAAUGAAGGCUCAAGAAGAUUGAUAGGAGGUAAUAGUGAGUAAUAACACUAAUUGGUGGUAAUCACAGCGCUUCUAAAGCGGUAUAUCAGUGUGGGUAAACAGGGGCCUAGUUCUUUUCAGUGGGCUCAGCCAGAGUGCUCUCUCUUUCUCACAGCAGAGCCUAGCAACAGUCUGUCCUUCCAUUUUACUGGGUUUUGACCAAAUAACUCAGCUGGUCACUCAUCCCUUUGUUCCCUCUCUUUUCUGCCUCUGCCAAACAUGCCAGAUUCCAUGUGUCAGAGAGAGAGGAAGGAAGGGAGAGAGGGCUUGCACAUGAUUUCCAGAAAGGGGAAUAAACCCCAUGCUGCCUUCUCAUAUAUCUGACCCACAUUAAGUCAUUUCUCCCUCGUUCUGAGCCCGCUCCUUUAAUUAAUGGCUUUAGUGAAAGUGAUGAUGGUAGUUUUUUUGUCAGGGUUAAGGUGACCACAUCUACUCCCAGAAAUCGCUGGAGCGACAGUGAAGCGUGUCGUGUGUUUAAUCAAUCAGUAUGCACGGCUCUAUUUCUGUUUCCCAUUUUAUGCUAGGCUAAGCUAGCUGACGGGUAUAAUGCCUAAUUGAAAGAUAACAUUCAUCAAACGGUCCAUUCAUUAUUUUUUUCCCCCACUGGCGUUUCCUCUCAGUUAUUGCUUGUCGUGAACAACUCUUGCAGAGGUUCACCCAUGAUCACCAUGAUCAGAUGAGCUGUCUCUUUGCCGCACAAAGGAGCAGCAGACCUGCAAGUUAGCGCUAUCUGAACUCCUCACCAACGACUCCACCAAUGUUGAACGCAGCCAUGAGGACAAAGAAGAUUGAAAAGAAUGAUCAGAAUGUUCUCAAUAAGCAUAAAAUAUUCUUUAAACCACCACUAGGUUUAUAGGGAACUUGUUAAUUCAUGUGACAAUGGCAUGCAAUGAUGAUGUGUGCCCCAAAUGACCGCUCCAUCACGCAACAGCUCCAGCCUCUGAAGGCCCCCCACAACACAAGAAAUUGGGCCUUGGCUCAGAGCUUCUGGGGCCCGAGGGUGCCUUGUUUUACCAACAGCUCGACGGCGGCAGAAUAAGCCAGGGCGAAUUGUUACGCAACAGUUUAGUGAGGAUGAAUAGGAUUCGGCCCAGGUUCAGUGGAUGCCAGUGGAAAUGAUGGGAAGAGAGUAGCAGCUAGGUUAAUCCCAGAGGGAGUCCCCCUGGGACCUGGCCCUCACAGCUCCUCCAUGUUUUCUUUUCAGCGUUAAAUGUGUUUGUUGAAUGUCUGUCAGAGACAGCGAAGCAGCAGAAAGUAGGAGGCUGGUUUCUGUGGGUUCAGCAGCAGAGCAGGGUGGUUAAUCCCUGCAGCCCCCAACACAAGGGCCAGCCAAACCUCUAGGGGUCCCCCCCGCCUUUUCCUACUUUGCUAACCUCUCAGCUGCUAAUCUUCUCUUAAGUUCUUCGUCUCCUCUCUGCUCCUCUCCUCCCUGCCAACAUGGCCGCCCUCAGGCACCCAGCCAACAAUCCUACUGUCUCUCUGUGGGUGACAUCACUAGUUGGCACACGGAGGCAAGGGGGGAAAUAAUUAGGUUUAGAUGCCUGAAGUAACUGUCUGUGUGUAUAUGUGAGUGAGGUGAUGUAGAAGGGAAUUCGCAAGGCCUUACUCAACAAGAAGCACGUAGAUUGUUAUGAUCAGUAGAAAGGGAAAACAAAGACGAACAAUGUUGUUUAUCUGAAGGCUUAAAUGGGAUGGCUGUACGGAAAGAAUAACUGGAGAAAAAGAUAAUAAUUUAUAUUUAAAGUUGUGUUCAAGCAACAAAAAAUAACAAAUUUUGCCCUCUCUUACUUGUCAACUCUUGUGUUCAAAAAUUUCUAAAAUUCAUUAGAGCCAGAACGUCACGUGUGGUCGGGUUUGGAGUUAACUGUGACGGUGGAGGCUGAAGAGCAGGAGGCCCUGCCUUAAUAACUCACUAUAGACUCCAUACAUGACCACCCCAGCAAGGCCCAUCCGUUCACCGCUCUUCGCGCUAUAUACACACCCUACUUAGGGAGAAGCCUUUGUCUGAACGACGCGCUUUGUCAGCCUCUAUUUAGUGGCUUCUUUACGACAGACUCAGCCCUUUGAAUAUUAACUGUGUGAUCACUCUUGCCACACAAGCAGCCGCCCAGGACCCCCUAUCAAUGCAGCCCGGCUCCCCAGCACUCCCGCUUCAGGGCUUUGUGCCCGACCACGGAUUGGUAUACAGGCUCUUGCGGUCUCUCGUCAGCCAGCCUCUGGAGACAUUUACUUUCCAUUCCUCUUCUGACGUCAUUUAUGAAUCUUUUGAGUCGUUUUACAUACGGGGAGGCUUAAAACCAGGGGUUGAACAUAAAAGCCUUUCAUUUCACGAAAAAGAGACAAAGAUAAGAAGAAAAGAAGAGGGUAGAAAGGGCCUUAUUUGUCUUUCUAUGUCACUGUGCUAUUGUAAACCUCUAGUGAAGUGCGACUGUAGUUCUGGCUAGUGUAAUGACCGUAGCAGCUGGGGCAGGAAGGCGACGGAGGGUGGGAGAGUCUACCCUGGUGUUUUUGCAGGCCAAUAAUCCCCUUUAUUGAGUCUCAGGAAAUCCUAAUUGGAGUCGGAAGUGGCUCUAGUGGCCAGAUGUGCUAAGACUAACAGAGUUAACCCAACCCCCGAGGACAACUGACCACAAGCACCUCGGUGUCCUUUUUCCACCCUGCUGAGUUUAGGUUGAGCACACAAACAUGCAAGGCCUCUUGACCGCGAGCACAUCCACGAAACUCUCCUCCAAGCCGACCGGAGGAAUUCCGCUUUGUCAAGACCGAACGGACACGCUGGUGUGCACACAUGCACCCAGUGUUAAAGUUUGCUGUGACAGUAGACAGGUUGGUAAACACAGCAAGGCAUCAGCUGCGCACGGUCUAUGAAAACACAGUGUGGCGCAGAGUUCAGCCGCCCCUCUUUGCCUGCUCUCACAGUCGAUUAAGAGAAUCCACAAAAAGUGUCGCUAGCGUUGCAAAAGCACAUAGUGGGAAUUCUUCCGCGAUCGAUGUGCAGAAAGCCAAAAAGUUCUGGCAAAAAGAUGAAAGCGCCAAAACCGAAAGCUACUGCAGAUAACUUUUCCUCAAGCUUGACUCACCGUCCUCCCCUUUCUGUUUCCAUGAUGGUUUGUAUCAUUGUCUAAUGGCCUGUCUGUGAACCCUUAAAGUUACAUUGCGCAGCCGCGUGCCUGCCUUUCUUUAAGUCUUUUAAUAUUUUGUAUGAGCGCGGACGGAUGUGUUCUAAGUUCUCAUGUACAAAGCACUCACUUGCGACUUAAUAUCAGCGCACACUGGCACUUGCGUGUGAGCGAAUUUAGGAAAAUAGAGCAAGAAACUGAGAUUGUUUAUGUGUUGUCUGUCUCUUGCUGUCUUUCCUUAUCAGACGGUCUCACCAAAGCCAGAGAUGCUUGUCAAAGCGUUCUGGAUAACUGCACGUGAUCUGAGCGCAGCUGAAAACCGACAAAGAUCAGAGGAACCUGGAUUUGAUUUAGGAAUACCCUCCCAGACCUACUGUCCCGGUCUAGAAUCAGACCCAGGUGCACGUUUUUUCCCCAUACAUACAUACAUACACACAUUACGCGUGUAAUACUCCCGCAGAGCUCCAGUCACACUGACCUAUUUACUCCAUGGAAAUGGCUAAGACCCAGGAGGCAGACCAGACUCAGCAGAGGCUGAGUAACACGAAGCCCCCAUACUGUGAUAUCAAUAGUUUCACAUGGAAAAGUUUUACAGCCACUUUUACACACUAUAUAAAUGGGGCAUCUGGGCAAAAAAUCUAUCGUAUUGAUUUCUCUACUUCCGGAUUCGUUUCUGCAGCGUGAAAAACCAGUUGGAGUUGAGGUCACUGAUUUAAAUCACCAUUGCACAAGCACUAAAAUAACUUUUGCAUGUGUGAGGUCUCGCGAUUAUUUAAUUUUUCUGCAAGGGCUUCCAUGCACCUGUAAUACAUAAUGUGCGUAAAUGUUAGAGGAGGAGGGAGCUAAUAGCCCUCACCCCUGUGCAACCCCUCUGGGACUUCAAAGCGAGAUUAAGAAGGAGAGAGGGCGAAGGGCUAACACUUGCUGCUUGGCUGCAACUACCCCACUGAACCUAAGGGCUGAGCUGCGGGGUAGUUGGCACUGGGAUCUCAUGCGUUAAGCCUUAUUUAUCCAUUCAGGAAAAAAAGGGCAGGCAGCUUCGUUAAGACAUCAAAUGAAAAGCCACACUUGACAGUCAACUAGCGCCGAGAGGUUUCCGUGGAUGAUUUCAGUCCAUGCAGUGCAGCUGAGCCCAAAUGCAUAGACUCUCUCUCUCUCUCCCUCUCAUACUGACGCACACAAAUGUUACACAUGAACACCCUCAUGCGCAUUCAUUCACCACAGAAUGGAUCAAGAGAAGCCCAUGCACUGGAGCUCACUGUUAUGCAAAAUGGACCAACCAGCUGGGAGUGGGCUGGUACACAUCACAGACUGUUUUGUUUCCUCGCAAUUUAACUGUCUUGGUAAAAGAAGUGAAUGAUGCCAAGUUAACUCCUCACUAUUCAUUUACCACGGUCACCGUGUCCGUGUUGCCUGGAUGCUGGCAUAAUAUGCGGAAUUGUGCAGGGUUGAUCGGGCCCUCCGCGGACUAUAAAGCUGCCGUCUCUCAACAGUGGCAUUUCCUUGUAUUCUGAGAAGUGCACUGUACUCUGAAAAGUGAGUGACUGAAUAGAAAGUGAAGUUUCCUGAGAGAGGUUUAUUCUGGCACGGUACACUAUAACAUGCCCUGCUGCUCAGGCGCAACAAUAGCCAGGAUUUUGGGGUCAUAACCUCCUAAUUACUGCAACCCCCGAAGUGAUGACGACCGACUGUCAGCGUGGCCUGUGAGAGGGGCUACCUGAGCCGGACUCAGGAGCCACCAGGUGACAUGAGCCAGGGAGUGCUCCGGCACCUCAGAUGAAAGGUCUGUGUUAUGGGUCUACGACCAAGCACCUGGGCCAUUUCAGCACCCUAGAGGGACUUCUAGCCUCUUAGCUUUCACCUAUGCAUUGCUCUCAGGGCAGGGAAGACAUGCAGACAUUAUUUCCCAUGUCCGAUAGCCAUCUACCCUCUCUCGCUCUCAGGUUCUCAAAAGCAGAAUCCUCAUGAUCAAGGCCUUCUGCACUAAUCACAGAUUAGAGUCCUGCCUACCAUGAUGAUUAGCCUGAAACAGACACUAAUCAAGUUGUCCGCGCAGCUCCUGACAGUUGACAAGCUUUCACGCGUAAUCUUAUCUGCACAAACAUUGUUGUUAAACCACUAUAUGAGAUAUCGACCGAUUGAAACAUUUUUAUUUUUUUCAAAGAUCAAGGAGACAUGGCGCAUUAAAGCUUUGAGCUAUUGAUUUUAAUGUUGAUCUUAACACUUUUAUUUAAUCUUUUGUCAGCGCGACUCAGAUUAGCGUUCAGCUCCAUUAUUACAUCUUUAAAGGCGAGAUGCGGAGCAAAGAUCGAGCGCACUCCCACCUGAAAGCUCUAAAUCCGCCCAUGGGAAAACUGGGAGGAUACAAUAAAGGCAUAUCAGCGUGGGGGCGCGCGCUUGCGCGUUCGCGUUGAGCUGUGUUGAAGUUUCUCUGUUGAGUUGAGGAAGACAAGAGAGUGCAGCGAGUGGAGCUGAAACAUGUCACAGGGGUUCAAGUAGAUAGCUUCUGCAAACAACAAAGUAUGGACUACAUUUCUGGAAGUUUUUCUGCUGGAUAUAACCGAUAGUUCGUGGUGUUUUCAGACGCACCUUCCUGGACAAGUGUGCCCGUCAACUGCAGGCUGGAGUUAUUGAUUGACCUUUGAACUACAGCUCACUGGAUACUUUGCGAAGACGUCACUGGCUGAGCGAGUGAGCAGAGCCUGUUUGUCCGCUGUCACCCCUCCCUCCUACAACCAGGCAGCCUCUAUGCACAUCAACCUGACUGUGGUCAUCAAGGAAUCCCGUGCCUUUCAUGGAACACUGCCUGCCCAUCCCUCCACUGUCCCAGACACUGUGGAAGUGACAGCCAUGGAGCCACGUCUGGUGCUGGUCACCCCUCCGCCGCCUGCCUUAGCGCCCCCGCCGCCGCCGCCCCCUCCUCCCCCACCCCCACUCGCGUCCUCCUCGCCCUUCAGCCGGGCGGAUAGCGCCCGCCGGAGCCGCUUGCGGAAGCUGAACUGGGAGCGCAUUCCCAAAGAGAAGGUGGAGGGGAGGAAGAGCGUGUGGAGUGGGGCGGCGCCAGGCGAGGAGGAGUUCCCCAUAGACCUCCACUCUCUGGAUGAACUGUUCGGCCAGAGGGACAGCAAGCCGAGGGACAGACCCAGCACCCUGAGGCGGCAGUCCGCUCUGCUGCGCUGCAGGUCCCCCCAGGAUACAGCGGUAGAGAUCUCCUUAUUGGACUCCAAACGCAGUAUGAACAUUGGAAUAUUUCUACGCCAGUUCAAGAUGCCUGCUAAGGAGAUUGUUGAGGACAUCAGACAGGGCGUCGGAGACCGCUUCGGAGCAGAAAAGCUCGCGGAGCUCUGCAAAUUGCUGCCUGACAAUGAGGAGGAGUCUCGCCUGAGGAGGUUCAGUGGGGACCGGAGCUUGCUGGGAGAGCCCGAUCUUUUCCUGCUGCUGCUGGUGGAAGUCCCCAGCUUUCGGCUGCGUCUGGAUGCCAUGAUCCUGCAACAAGAGUUUGACCCUGCUGUGACCUCUCUGUGUGUGGCAGCCAGAUGUCUGACAGAGGCGGCCAGAGAACUGCUGAGCUGUCCAGAGCUGCACUCCAUCCUAAGAUUGGUGCUGAAGGCAGGGAACUAUAUGAAUGCUGGUGGCUAUGCGGGGAAUGCUGCUGGUUUUCGAAUUUCAUCACUACUCAAGCUGGCGGACACCAAAGCCAACAAGCCGGGCAUGAAUUUGCUGCAUUACGUUGCUAUGGAAGCUGUGAAAAAGGACCAGAGUUUACUGUCAUUUCCCAGCCAACUAGGCCAUGUUGGCUCCGCCUCCAGGUUGUCUGAGGAGUCUGUGCUGGAUGACUUAUCCAAGUUAAAAAGCAGAGUGGCAUCUCUUAAGGAUAACACGCAGACUCAGGCAGAGAUUUGGCAGCAAACACAACUUUUUCUAGAGAUGGCUGAGAAGCGCCUGAACGAGGCAGACGACGAGGUGGAGGGUAUGAGGAUGUCGAGUGAGGCUCUGGUGGAGUUCUUCUGCGAAGAUGACGGCACUUUCAAACUAGAGGAGGCCUGCAGGGUCUUCCAUUUGUUUUGCCAUCGCUUCCAAAAAGCCGUCCAGGAAAAUGCCGAACGGGAACAGAAGGAGCAGAAACGUUUGGAACGUCAGCGUGAGAUCGGAGAAAAGCGCCGCUCUCUGGCAAUUUGUACGGGACUGGACCUGGCCCUGAGCCAUGCCAAGGAACAUGAGAGUCAGGACAACCGAGAUGAGCUGGAGAAACUUCUGGAGAAGAAUUUGACCCACACUUGGAGUCGUCGUAGUCUUAGAAGGUCGGAUUCCCACAGAUACUCUGACCACCCCCUGCGCAGCGACACCCAGCCCCACAACUCCGCCAUGCUCAAGAGAUUUCCUGAGCUGGGCAGCAGCCCGACAUCGACCAGUUAUCACUCAAACAGCUCCUCUGACCAUGAGAACACUGCUGUGCUUUGCAGCUCACCUGAGACUGAUGACACAUGUUCCCCCAUCGACCAAGAACCUGUUCUGGACAGAGGGAGCAGGGCUCAGCACGGCCCAGAAACAAACCUGAGCAUGAAAGCAGUUCAAGACUCGCACAUUGCAAAAUUCAGUCAUUCCCAGCACGGAAAUAGCUUCAGAGUGAAGCAACAUGGGCCUGAUAGCCUUUCUUACAUGCACCAACCAAAGGCAACAGGACUUGAGAAAGAAGCAGAAUUUUCACAUGGUGAACACAUGGCUACGAACAGUUCCAGUACACACUCUGUUGCUAAUAAUACAGACACACCAGCCCAGUGUGUUAAAAGCCAGGCCUCCACUUACAGGUUUGGCAAAACAGUGACAGAUGGUAAUAGUCCUCUUCUUCAGAGUAAAUCUGAUGGCUCUUGUGUCACUGAAGUUGAACAGACUGUUCAUACGAGUGGAAUACCUUCUCAUAGGGGGACUGAGAUGCUGAAGUACCAGAGAUCUGAGACCAAAUCACAGUCAUCUGUAAAUGCUCCAGAUGAAGUCCACAUGCAGCCUCAGAGGAGAGACUCACCUUCCACUAAAACAAGGGCUGCUACGCCUUUAACAAAACAGACGGGCACAGAAAGUGUGUCUACACCUGUAGAGGAGAACUGGAUGCCGUCCAGUCUGCCAGAGUUCAGCCAGUCACAGCCAGAGGAGGAGCCUGACUUGCCGAGUGCUGAGAGGGAGACUGGAAGGUCAUACUCCCGCGUGGGGGAAACGCUGGAGUGCCACACUCUGGUGAAAGGCCUCCGAUCCUACGAGGCCUUGUCGCCCCCAGCCUCCCCACUCCCACUCCCACGACCCGCACCGAGCCUCUGCUCCAAGUGGAGGAAAGAGAGAGAGGUCGACCUUCGAGGGGGGACAACUCAAGGGUCUCCAGCGUCCAAGGAGGAGACCCGGGCCAUGAAGAUCCCCGUGCGCAGUGGGAUAGGGGCCAAGAGGGGACUUGUGUCACGUGCAGGUCCUUCCAAUGCAACAGGCAUCCCCAGGGUGCGCUCUAAAACAGAGCCUUCGAACGCAGCCUCAGUCGCCACGAAUCCGCCCAAUCCUACACGGCUGUCUGUUACUCGAAACAUAUCGAUGCGCUUGUCUCCUAUCACCAGGCCACCUGUUGCAGAGGUGAAACGAAGCAACAGCGCACGGGAGAGAACAAGCGAGACACAGACUCCUGGAAAGUCCACUCUGACCCACAGGCCUUCAGGCAGAUCCGUCGCCGAGAAGGUUUCCGGCAGCGCCCAGCCGGCCUUCAUCAGAGGAGUGCCUGUCCGUGUGUCCAAACGACUCGCCCCAAACUCUGAGACUCAGACCCCGUCCCAGCCUCGCAAUGCCCACAGCCCAUCCUCCGCCACAGCCAAGACGAUACGAACGGCCGUCAUAUCGGCCGCCCGGAAUAAAAGUGCCAAGACACCAGGCGCAGGCUCCUCUCCCGCCGGCUCUAAAAUCCCCUCAGCCUCACGGAUACCUGGUUCCAAAAUGCCUCGAGCUGCUGCAGCUCAGCCGCUGUGGAAGUGAUGAUGGAGGGGAUUAAGUUCCUGGCCAGUUUGCUCAAACGUCUCCUAGAUUCCUGGUCUUAUCCCUCAACGGGAGUUUAUCUAAAUGCAACUUUUGUGAAAUUUCUAUGUAUGGCUAAGUGUUUAGGUUUUGUGUGUGUAAAAGGAAGAUGCACUAGGAGCUUUGGGGAUCUCUAGUGUUUCACGUAAGAGUAUGAUAGUGGAUCCUCUACAAUCUACCUCUUUUACACCCAUUUGUGUCCUUUGCAGGCAAUAGGACAGAAAAAGAAGAUGUGUCUUACAAUAACUGCUCACGUGUAGAAAAAAAAAAUUCACAUUUGUAAAAGGCCACCAGGUGAACACCACACUGUGUUAAGCAUUGGAGGAAAAAAUGUCUGUUUUAUUUUAGGAACUUGUCCAAAUGUCGUGUGAGUCUUUUGUGAUCAUUGUGUUCUCGGACAUGUUUGUCUUGCAGUCCGAACUGAACGCGGUACAAUGCUGAACUGUUCAUCCUCUUGUUGAGAGGCCUCACCAUUUUGAUGCACUUUACAAUCUGAAGAAGGCGCAGUAAGGGGGUGCCUACUGUAAUUUUUUGUCAUUUUCUUUUAUUUUAUAUUAAGAUUCUAUAACUUAAUUGAAUAGCAUUUGUUGUUAUUCGCUGUAUUAUGUGGAUUUGUAAAUAAGAGAAGAUGAAUAAAGAAAGUGCUGUGAA